CUGGCCUCCAGAAUAACAGACAAUUAUAUCGAGAACACCAGCUUAUCCUUUUGGUCGUGAUGCAUUAGUCCAGGAUCGUGGUCUUUUGUGACCAUGAUCAUCAUUCAAUAUGUUCCGCAUACUCGAAUCCCAGGCACCGGCCAAACAGACAGCUACGGAUGCGAUCACGACUCUGUCCGGUAGACUGCAAAGCGCAACGUUACUAGAGGAUCGAAGAGCUGCAAUACUCGGACUUAGGAGCUUUGCAAAAACAUAUCCAGCAAGUGUCGCAUCUGGUUCACUUCGAGAUUUGAUUGCUAGCAUUCGGAAAGAUGCUGAGGAUGUGGAUACAAUCAAAGUGGUCCUAGAGACCUUGUUGAUGCUGUUUUCCCCGGAUGAAAAAAGCCCCGAAGCUUCAGAUGAGAUUGUUCUAUGGCUGGCGGACGAAUUCACUCAGCGCCAAGACAAUAUCACAGCAUUGCUUGAUCUCCUAGAAACGCGAGACUUCUACUCACGCCUAUAUUCAUUGCAAUUGAUUUCUUCCAUAUCUGCAGCACGGCCUGACCGUACACAAGAGUGUAUCUUCACUGCACCUUUGGGUAUAUCGAGGCUAGUCAACGUACUGUCUGAUGCUAGAGAGCCAGUACGAAAUGAGGCACUCAUCCUUCUCGUCGCUCUCACUCCCUCUUCGGCCGAAUUACAGAAACUCGUUGCUUUCGAAAACGCAUUUGACCGCACAUUUGAACUUAUAGAAGCUGAGGGAUCGUUGUCUCAUGGAUCUGAGAUCGUUGAGGAUUGCUUGUCUUUGUUGGCAAACCUGCUUCGAUUAAAUGCUUCCAAUCAAUCAUACUUUAGAGAGACAGGAUGUGUGAAGAAAAUUGCGGCACUCCUAGGUGAGAUUACAGCGCCUAAAGAAGAUCAAGAAGAAAUGCCACCAUGGUCUAUCGCUCGACGAGACAAGAAUAUCUGGGGACUGCUAGCUAUCAUCCAACUUUUCCUUGUUAGAGGCGGAAUCCAAAAAACCAAUCAAACAGCGUUCUGGCAGGCUGGAAUUAUGGAGCAGGUGCUUCUUAUAGCCUUCAGUAAAGACUUUGGGAUACAUGUCAUAGCAAUGGCCUUGGAAACAUGUGGCGGUUUGAUUCGUGGUAAUUCGGCGCUACAAGAGAAGUUCGCAGAUAUCGAAGUUUCUUGGAAAACUGAGCCUAAUAAAACUGACAUGGGCAAUGGGAAUAUAAAGGCCAAAACGUCCGUCAAAAUCAACGUCAUCGAAGCUCUACUUAAGUUGGCCCUCGAAUCCGCUCCAACUUUCGCAUUGGACGCGCGCCUUGCGGCGUGUGAAUGUAUUAAAGCAUUUUUUGCUAAACAUACUGGGAUUCGCUUACAUGUGCUACGGAGAGCCAUCGAUGGGCACAUGAGCGGGAAUGAUCAAAUUCCAAAUAUAUUGUCCGUCUUAUUAGAGGCUCCAGAGUCUCGAGCAAAUGCCGACCCAUAUCGUAACUGGAUUGCAUCGGUUUUGAUGUUUCACUUGGUAUUUGAAGAUCCAGAGGCUAAGGCUCUUGCUAUGAAAGUUACGGAAGGAAACGCUGAAAAAGGUGAAGAAGUCGUUACAUGCAUACAAUCGAUAGCGGGGAACCUAGCAACAGGUAUACAACGUGGUGAUGAUGAGCGAAUAUCCGUUGCAUAUCUCAUGCUGUUAUGUGGUUGGCUAUUUGAGGAUCCAGAUGUUGUAAAUGACUUUUUGGGCGAAGGCAGCAUUAUCCAAAGCCUUGUCCAAGAAAUCAAGCAGAGUGGCGUUAGCAAUGUCCUAGUCCCGGGUCUGUGCUCUGUUCUUUUAGGUAUAAUCUACGAGUUUUCAACGAAGGAUUCUCCGAUUCCACGAGAAACACUUCAUAGCCUGUUGAUUACUAGACUUGGCAGAGAACAGUACAUCGAUAAAAUCACCAAGCUCCGGGAAGAUCCACUUGUCAGAGACUUCGAAGUCUUACCUCGAACAAGUCGAGGCGAUCACGAUGGUGGAUUACCUGAGAUAUUCUUUGAUGUAACAUUUAUAGAAUUCAUCAAAGACAAUUUCCACCGUCUUAUACGGGCAAUCGAUCGUGAGCCAGGAUUGGAAAUCCCAGUUAUCACAAACGGAAUUCAGAAAGGAAUCUCAAGGGAGCUGGUUGACUCUCUCCGAACUCAAGUGGAAGACCGCAGCCAGACGAUCCAGAAGUUAGAAGCAGAUCUGUUGAACCUACAACAGAAGCUUGAGCAGGAGCAAUUAGAUCACCGACGUACGAGAGAAUCAACAAGCCAUGAAAUAUCUCGAAUAAAGCAAGUCAACGAGAGCUUACAAAGGAACCACGAAUUAGAAGGGUUGAAGAUCGAGGAACAGAAUAAGCAAAUGCUGCAUAAUCUACGCAAGGACCAUGAGUUAGAACUGUCAAGGUUGGAAGAACAACAUAAGCAGAAUCGGAAUGAUUUGCUUAAGCAGCAUGGCGAGCAGUUGCGAGCCAUUGAUAGUCAGCUGAAAGAAACAACUGCAGACUACGAGAAGAAGAGCACAAAACUGCGACAGCGUCAUGAAGAUGAGGUGACUGAGCUUAGGAAAUCCAUAGCAACUUUGGAAGCAGACCUCGAUAAGACUAAUAAAGAGCAUGAAAGCGAGCUAGCCGAUCUGAGAACUUCUAUAGCUUUUUUGCAAGCGGACCUUGACAAGGCGAACAACGAUCAUGUCCAAGCUCAGGAAGUUGCGCAGGAUGAAUAUUCGACCAAGUACUCAAACCUGGAAGCUCGGAUCAAGACAGCUGAGCAACGAGCAGAGAAAGCAGAGAAGGACGCUGGAAAAGCAGAAAAAGAGCUUCAAGAAAUUAAAUCAAAGAGUCAGAAAGCCCAGAGUGAUCUGAUCGGAGCAGAAAAAGCCAGGAAGGAAGCACAGAGCGAGCUGGAGGACCUGCUGAUAGUGUUUGGUGAUUUAGAAGCCAAGAGGAAAGGAGAUAAAAAUCGCCUUAAAGAACUUGGAGAAGAAGUGUCGGAAGACGAGGACGAGGAUCAUGAAGAAGGCGAAGACGAAGAGGACGAAAAUGAUGAUGUGGACUGAAGAUCAGAGCAGGACCAGGAAGCUCCGAGGAUACCCAUUGAGUAAAUAGAGCGUUACGUGUAUACUGCCGAUGUAAUUAGUGAAAAUGACACUCUGAUUACUCAAAAUCGCUAUCAUGGUCAGUUACCUAAUAAUGCUUAUCGCACAAGACGGCGUAGAUAUCAUGAUCUAAGGACUUUGACCAUAGGGAAACCAUUCAGUGCUAUAGAUAGAUUUUCUUUGUAUACCAUUGGCUAUAUAUUAGAGCCCCAGGUCGCUCAUGGUACCUAGAGAACAACUCUCU